AAGGUAAGGAGUAAGGAGUAAGGAGUAAGUCUAAGGCGAAAGCACAGGGUUUGUAACCAACCAACCCUUCUUAUAAACUAACGUCACAUUCUCUUUCUCUCCGCAGCGCAUGCUUUGAAUUCAUCGACCAACUCACCUCUGUCUCCUUAAAUAAAUCAAACCUUAGCCAUAGCCAUACGAGGAAGAGACUAAUGGUGGCCAGGAUGAUGAGGUGGCGCCCCUGGCCGCCCCUCCUCUCGAAAAAGUACCAAGUGAGGCUCAUUGUCAGGACGCUCCAGGGCUGCGAUCUGCUACGCCAGCCUUCUGGAUUGGCCCUUGAGAUUCGGUGGAAGGGUCCUAAGUCCACCCUGCCCUCUCUGCGACGGAACUCCGUCGCUAAAAACGUUACUAGAGAGGCGGAUGUUCGCCUCGACCACGCUGGCGCCGCCGUCCUGCACUGGGACGAGGAGUUUCACGCCUUCUGCAAUUUCAACGGCUAUAGGGAGAAUGUCUUUCACCCUUGGCAGAUCGCUUUCACUCUCUUUAAUGGAUUGAAUCAGAAGCUGAAAAGUAAGGUUCCUGCUAUUGGAACGGCAUUAUUGAACAUUUCCAAAUUUGCAUCUCAAACUGAUCAAAAGGAUUUUGAUUUAAACAUUCCACUCGCGCUUACCGGAGGUUCUGCAGAGUCUUCUCCAUUACUUUAUAUAUCGAUUAGCUUCGUGGAGCUAAGAGCUGCUCAAGAAAGCUUGGGGUCAGUUCAGAGAUCUAUAGUGCCUGUGGCAUCACCCUUAGCCAAGUCAGGAGAAACAAACUUGGCAGAGAAAGAUGAGGUUUCUGCAAUUAAAGCUGGCCUUAGGAAAGUAAAGAUUUUGACAGAGUAUGUAUCUUCCAAGAAAGCAAAAAAGGGAUGCCGUGAGGAAGAGGGAAGUGAAGGUAGGAGUGAGGAUGGUGAAUACAAUUAUCCUUUGGAUUCCGAGUCUCUCGAUGAUUCUGAAAAAAGUGAUACAGAAGAAGGGAAACAGGAUUUCAGUGUUAGGAAGUCAUUUAGUUAUGGAACACUAGCCUCUGCAAAUGCUGGGGGAUUUUCUUAUUCCAAUACGAAAGUAAAUUGUGAUGAUGAAGACUUGGUUUACUACAGCCAUCGCAAUUCUGAUGUUGGGUGCUCACAGGUGGAUACUGUUUCUUCUUCUGAGCUUUAUUUAUUAAAAAGUUCUAAGCGCAGCAUAAUACCAUGGAGGAAGAGGAAGUUGAGUUUCAGAUCUCCUAAAACUAAUAAGGGAGAGCCAUUGCUAAAGAAGGCGUAUGCAGAAGAAGGCGGUGAUGACAUAGAUUUUGAUCGCCGUCAACUUAGCUCAGAUGAAUCCCUUUCUUUGACUUGGUACAAGACUGAGGAUGACACAUCUGCAAAUCGAUCAUCAAUUUCUGAAUUCGGGGAUGACAGUUUCGCUGUAGGGAGUUGGGAACAGAAAGAAAUCACGAGUCGUGAUGGUUACACAAAGCUUCAGACACAGGUCUUCUUUGCCUCGAUUGAUCAAUGCAGUGAGCGUGCAGCGGGUGAGAGUGCAUGUACAGCUCUUGUUGCUGUGAUUGCUGACUGGUUCCAAAACAAUCGUGAUCAUAUGCCAAUAAAGUCGCAGUUUGAUAGUCUAAUUAGGGAAGGCUCCUCAGAAUGGAGGAACCUGUGUGACAAUGAUACUUAUAGAGAGCGGUUUCCUGACAAGCAUUUUGAUUUGGAAACAAUCAUUCAAGCAAAAGUACGUCCACUUACUGUAGCUCCUGGGAAGUCCUUCAUUGGUUUUUUUCACCCAGAAGGGAUGGAAGAAGAGAGAUUUGACUUCUUACAUGGUGCCAUGUCUUUUGACAAUAUUUGGGAUGAGAUUAGUAGUGCUGGACAAGAGGGCCUCAGCAAUGGUGAACCUCACAUUUACAUUGUUGGUUGGAAUGAUCAUUUUUUCAUUCUCAAAGUUGAAUAUGAUUGCUAUUACAUCAUUGACACUUUGGGAGAGAGGCUUCAGGAAGGAUGCAAUCAGGCAUAUAUCUUGAAAUUUGACAGCAGCACGAUUAUAUACAAAAUGCCAACAGUUGCUGCUCAUUCAUCAGAUGACAAGACCCCCAAUGACCAGAAAACUGUAGUAGAAGCAUUAGAUCAUAAUAACAGGCAAACUCAACAAGUGGAUCAUAAUGCAGGGGAGGAAGAACAGUUGAGGAGUGAGCAAGAAGAAGUUAUAUGCAGAGGGAAGGAAGCAUGCAAAGAGUACAUUAAAAGCUUCCUAGCUGCAAUCCCUAUUAGAGAAUUAGAAGCUGAUGCCAAGAAAGGUCUCAUUUCUUCAGCCUCCCUUUAUCAUAGACUACUACAAGUUGAGUUUCACUACACCCAACUGUUACAGUCUUGUUUUGCAACUCCUGUGAAUGAAUCAUCAAUGGUUGCACCAGAAUCCUUUUGCUCUUUCAAUAACUGAGGCUUCUACAUAAUCGCACUGUAAAUUGAAGUGAAGGAAGUGCGUAUAUGCUAACUCAUCUGACUACUUUAACUGUUGAUGUUCUUCUGAUUUUGAGCUGAAUUUAAUUAACAAAAGGAUACUCGUUUAAGCUUUUGAUGCGGGCAAUGAGUGAGGUGGGAUUUUGUUUGCGAUGUUCAACACUCGCCUUGUUUUUUACCUGUAAUCUUUCUUGGGAAGGUUAUUCUGUAAAUGGCUCUGUAGUUUCCUUUUCAAGUGAGUGCAUACUUUUGGCAUCUGAAAUGUAGGUUCUGAACAGAUUCUACUCGUAAAUGAUGGAUAGCUUUUUACAGACUCA